UCUUUGGAGUCCUGUCUACUAAUUAAAUUUCUUACUUUUAGAGGUCACACAGUCAACGCAGUCUGCGAGUCUUUCCACCUUGGCAAGGAUGCUGGAUUCAAGAUAGUCGCCCAUAUGAUGCCUGAUUUGCCAAAUGUGGGUUGGGAGCGUGACAUGGCCCAAUUUGCCGAGUACUUUGAGAAUCCCGCUUUUCGGUCCGACGGUCUCAAGAUCUACCCCACUCUGGUUAUCUCUGGCACAGGGUUGUAUGAACUUUAUCGUACGGGUCGAUAUAAGAGCUAUCCGCCUAGUACCCUCGUUGAUCUGGUUGCUAGGAUUUUGGCUUUAGUGCCACCUUGGACUCGUGUCUAUCGUAUUCAGAGGGACAUCCCAAUGCCCGUAGUGACCAGUGGAGUGAAGGAGGGAAAUCUUCGAGAGUUGGCCAGCAAACGAAUGGAAGAAUUGGGAGCCAAGUGCUGGGAUGUUCGAUCUCGCGAAGUCGGGAUCCAAGCUAUUCAUAACAAAAUUUUUCCCUCCCAGAUUGAGCUGAUACGUCGUGACUACGUGGCAAACGGAGGUUGGGAAACCUUCUUGGCCUACGAAGAUCCUCGUCAGAAUAUUCUCGUCGGUUUGCUUCGUCUAAGAAAGUGUUCUCCCGAAACCUUCCGUCCGGAACUGCGUGUUAACGUGGAAGGAGAAGGCAACAACGAUCCGAAUUGCUCCAUUAUAAGAGAAUUGCACGUUUAUGGUAGCGCAGUCCCAAUCUCAGCUAAAGAUCCCACUAAAUUCCAGCACCAAGGAUUUGGAACUCUUUUGAUGGAGGAAGCUGAGAGAAUUGCUAAAUAUGAGCAUGGAGCAUUGAAAAUUGCAGUAAUUUCUGGAGUUGGAACAAGAGAUUACUAUCGAAAACUGGGUUAUGAGUUGGAAGGCCCCUACAUGGUGAAGGGCAUCUGCUAG